CACAGACUUGGGCCAGUACGCGAAAUACGUUCGACCGGACCGGCCGGCAAACGCGUGAAACAAGCGUAGGGCGAACGCACGUGAUCGAAUCGAGCCUUAAGUUUGGAGGAAUCGGCCGAACCGUUUGUUUGUUAAUAUUUUUGCUAAUUUUCCUACCAGCCGGUAGUCCGCACGUCGUUACGGACAUACUGCGCGUGUUAUGUUCAAACACAAUCCGUGCGCUCGCGAGAAGUACUAGUUUUUCUUAAUAAUAAUAAUAAUAAUAAUAAUAUUAGUACCUGUUGCUCGAGGAACUCCGGCGGAAAAGAACUUUGCAGAAGGAAAAACGCCGCGUGACGCCCGAAAAACGACUUGUCAUUUUGACGUGUAUUGAUGCUAUAGCGACUGUGAUAGCGUAGCGAAAUGGAGGUGAUUCCUCUCAUGAGGAGCUCGGCUACCGGUUCGGAAACGUCCAACGGCGGCGAUAACGGCAUCAAGAGACGCGUUCAAGAAUGGUCAAGACUGGACAGGCUAACGGGCAUAUUGGAACACGCCAGGGUCGAAGCCGACCAAUGGUCUAAUCACACGGCUAACACAAAACACAAGUACGGCAAGGUAGUAGACACACGAGCUAGAAAUCUCGCCGAUGGCAGUAAAGAACAAACCAAACAAACUAAACAGCUUGAAGUGUUUCAAGCUCACACGGGCGGGUGCUCGGUUCAAGUAAUCAGAUCUCAAACGAGUACCACCAGCUCUUGGCACAAUUCAAAUGCUGUCGCGGGAACGUUCCAAUGGCCGUCUUCGAUAUUUGAUAAAAGAGAACCUCAGUUCGACGAGCUUCAACUGGAAUUUAGUCCUUUGGACGUUAGUUCUCAGAAAAGCAAAGCGAGCGUCGCCAGAAGCGGAUCGAUCAGUAACAGAAGACCUCCGACUCGCCGUCCCCAUGUGGUUACGACGAAUUUGCCGGUUAUCGACCUGGCCGAUUCCACAGACAAUGCCGAUGGGUCAGACGAUCAUCGGGACCACAACGCGGACACUUACACCACGAACCUGAGCCGUCACAAGAGUUGCUCCAACGACGAAAUACGCAGCGAAACCACCGAGUCGGACGACUUUCUAGACAGGUCUUCCAGAUUCCGUAGGUCGUUGCAGUUCACCCAACCGACGGACGUCGAGGAGUCCAGUCACAAAGUUGCCGGAGAAUUGGAAGACGUGCUGAAAAAGGUGUUGGGCAAAAAGAUGCAUGUCAUCAAUCGAGAAACGACCGACGACGGCGACAACGACGAUGGUCCGCUGUUGAAACCGUCGUCUCUUUUAAAAAAACCGUCGUUCGUCACGGUAGAGAGCUUAAACAAAACCAAAAACGGUUUGCGGCGACUGGACGACCCGGGCAAAGAAGACGACGGCAUCGAGACGGACGCGAAACCCGCCGGGAACACCAGGAGUUUGGAUUAUAGAGGUUCAGCGUUACACCGAACCGAAGAAUGGUACAACAGGCGCAAGUCUUACGGUUUUGAACAAAUGGCGGCCGACCACGAAGAUAAGUACGCGGCCGAACUUUCGGCUAUCGACUCGUCGACGGACAGCGGCAUUUGCCAUUCUACCGAAAACGGUCUUUCCAACUCGAGCCGACAAUCUUCGACGGACCGCGAAUCCAUCGCCGAUCUAGUAAAAAAAUACUCGAACAAAGAAAUCAACAACAACAACAAUAAUAGUCCGGUGCAAGCGUAUAGCACCACAGUGGUGGCCAAAGGAAGAAUACUGGAAGCGAUCAACAGCCUGAGAACGAAAUCCAACGCUUACUUUGACACCACCACGCCUGGCGAAACGACGGCGCUAGUGUUGAGGAAUAACGACAAAAGAGACAAACAACAGGCAAACGGGAGAAGGCUAUCCGUGGACGCGGAUCACGUCAUGGAAAAGAGCCCCAAUGAAGAAGAAAGUCCCAAGCGUCAUUCUAUAGCGGUGGUAAGCGAAGUUAUCCUGGAUAGGGAUUCGAGCUCGGACAAGAAGAACGUCGGCAAGAAGGUGGAGUUUUGCAGGACAGAAGUACAUUUCGACACUACUCCUGGAAAAAUAAACAUUGUCGACAUGGAAGAUAAACCGGCGCCGGCCCAAGCGUACAGACCGAAAAAAAGGUAUAACCGUCCGCCGGAAAAAAGCAACGGACUGCCGGAAUAUCAUUUCGGGGAAGUUCACGGAGACGUGCAAGUAAUGAUGAACGGUCACGCCGAAUGCAACGCUGCCGAAGACGACGACAACAACAAGCCCAAAAGCAUAUUAAAGCAAUGCCAACAACAGCAGCAGCAGCAGCAGCAGCAGGCUGGCAAGGAAGAGAGCUCGGGCAUGGCCUCUGACAACGGGAUUGAAGUGCGGAUCUCCUCGACAGAAUCUACUCCAGUAGACUAUCGGCGAGCGUCCUGGUCAGUGGCCGACAGGGUAAAACAAGUGGAAGCCGUCGGGUUCUCCACCAGAGUGAACUUUACCGAAGGCGAAACCACGGCUGUCGGUUUCGAUCCGGCCGACCCCAAGAGGUACCAUCGUUACUCAUACAACGGAACGGGGUCGCCGGUCUGGUAUCAGAACAGCGGUAACGCAUCAGAUACCGCGGCCAAAUGCCACGAAAAACUAUUGGUGCGCAUCGGCGCGUCUAAAUCGGGUGUGAAACCCAACGGCGACCGCCCGGCGGAAUGCGUGCUGACGUCCGCGUCGCUGGUGAUGAACACCGAGCUCCGUUCGGAACAGCCGAGCACGUACACAGAGGAGAUGAACAUGAAGAUGCAUGGCCGGUUCCAGAAGGCCAGCAGCACGUCGUGGCCGCGGUGCAGUCACAAGACGGCGUCGAGCGGCAGGAAAUACAACCUGCUGAAAACGUGCGCCGACAUCAAACGCGAACGGGCGGCCGGCCUGCCGGACGUCAUCGGCGCCCUGGACGACUUGAGCAAAACGAUCGACAGGCAGAUCGUGGACGGCGACGACAGGCACGUGACGCUGAUCCGGGUGCGACAGCCGCAGGACGAAAUCCGUGGCCGGCUGGAGUACGUCAAAGAUCUCAUGAGUACGGACGAGACUAGCGAGGAGAGUAUGAAGGCUGACGAAGAGGUCAGGUCGUACAUGGCGGCCGACUGCAACGACGAACAAGACUGCCCACCUUUUACGCCCGAGUGCGACAACAACCUGAAAAAGCUCAUAUCGACCGUUCAACAAAAUAUCAAGCAACCGUUUUGUAAUAAAGACGGUUUUGUCAAACAACCGGAUGCCAAACCGUACGAACCGUCGACAGUGCCAAACGUCACUUCGGUGCUCUUGAUCCACGAAAAACAAUCGGAACCGUCCAAGUUUCAACCGGUAAAAGUACACACUAUACAAACGACUGUGCUUAACCGUGAUUUCGACGUGGUGCUCCCACAGAAAGCCAGUAAACGAGUGCCGGUAAGAAUCGUUCAAGAUAACCGCAAAGAAAAACCGAAGACAUCAGCACCGACCAUCAAAAAGAGUACUGCCACCGUAUCGUUAAAACAGGUUCCAAUGACGGUACAGCCCAAGGUGAUGUGUCAAGAACAAGAAAAAAAAGUGGACAAAAAAGAGACGGUCUACGGUAACGUGGGAUACCGGGCCGGCAGUCUCCGGAUCAAAGACAAAACGUCCAACAGCAGAACCCAAGAUUUAUUCAACACGGGUAGAGACAGUUGGUUAAACAUGCCCAAGGACAUGGGUCCCAAGCUGAACAAGUCCAAGGUAAGCACGUUCAAGCAAAGGGGUCGGAAAGACACGAUGGACCUAGUGGAGGCGUCGGUGCUAGAGGAGUUGAAUAGGGCGGCUGAUGAGAUACUCAAAGCUGUCAACGGUUACACCGACGAUGAGUCGCAAAUGCCAACAAGCGGCGACGACAGGAGAGCUGCCAAGGCCGACGAAACAAAGUCAAAAAACAAGAAAAGAGCUGCCAGGCUUUUGCAAAGGGCCAGCAGUAGGGAAGCACUGCUUCAUUUGGACGAGGCGAGUUCGUCAGACGAAGAAGUCACCGACGAAUCACAGAGGACUAAACCGAGAACUCAGAGGAAAACCAAAUCCCAACAAAUCAAUAAUAGUGUUGCCACCAAGACAACGACCAGCUUCGCUAAAAAAAUACAAAGUCGCGCACAAACCAACAGCGUGACUAAACCGAACAACGUUCAACACAAAGUCCAUCCAACAUACUAUGGAAACGUUUCGAAUAACUGUACUCAAACGACGACGAGGUUUCGCAGCAGGACAUCAGACACGUUGACUAAACAAUCAGCCGAUCAGAAAGAGAAUAAAGCAAAAUAUCAAAGCAGAAUAACGACAAGGGUUUUCAAUCCAAAGAAAUCCAAAAGCUCCGCAGAAGAAAAUAGAAAUCGUGUUAAAGGAAGUUAAUUAUAGUUUAUCGAACUUUUGUUAAACGUUGUAUAUAUUAUAUAUAUAUAUAUUUUUUUUUAAUGAUAUUUUAUAUCUAAAUUAACAUUAUAUAAUGACCAUUUAUGUUGUUUUACCUGGUCAUAACUAUAUAUAUAUAUUAAUUUAUACAUAAAUUGUGUUUAUAUAAACAAAAAAAUUUGGAUAAAGAUAAAUUAUUUUACCUAAUCUACUUGUUUUUUAUCCAUUCUGUCUUUCAGUUUAUUAUAUCAUUGUGUUACUCGGAUUUGUCAUUCUCCCCAUCCGUC